AUGCGAAGCAUUACCAGUUUCUUCAAGCGUCCGGAUUUCUCAAUAGCCCACCGAGAUCCUCAACCUAAAGAUCGGGGCGAUGACCCCGCUUCAGCCUCUCCGACGUCCCCGCCCGCUGAGGCCCCGUCAUCCCUCCAUUCAAAUGACCCCUCGCUGGAUGAUCCGGGGUCUCAGCUGAACCUGUCACUCUCUCAGUCUAUUAAAGAUGAUGACGACAAAGUCGAUCUUCUUCAUAGCUUCCUAAGCACUGGAUCUGCAGCUAAAGAUCCGUCCCCAGGAACCACUUUCAACUCUUCACAGCGUGUUGUGAAGAAGGGGAAGGAGGUCAUAAUCAGCUCAGAUGGCGAGGACACGGAUUCGAUCAGCUCGAUUGAGUCUCCGGAUGAUAUUCUAAUGAACAUUGCUAAACCGGUUGACUCAUUUCGUGGCAAUGAAUCAUCUAAACCAGGAAUGUCCUUACGGGACCGCAGUGUGAAGGACCCCAAAUCCGACAAGCGGUUUGGCUUCCCAGCAUCGGCCCCUAAAUACAAGAAUACACUAGACUCUCUUGUUGUCCAAGCGGUCGAUGAUAACGAGACUGAAGCUGGCAUUGCAAAGUUGAGAGCUGCCUUUGAGAAAGAGGAUAUGCGAAAGAACGAGAAGCAGAAUGCUAUGGUACAUGGCUCAACUUUGCCAAGCACAAGGCUGAAUGAGGGCGUUCUGGCUUCAGCUUUGGGUGACCAAGAUGACGAACUGGGGCUGCGACGUCUUCUCGACGCUGUCCGGAGAACCGAGGCCCUUGACCUGGAGAAAUCUUGGCAGUUCUUUAUUUACGAAAGCGAGUUGCCUCCCGCACUCGAGUUUCCUAGAGAUUGCAUUGGAGAAAAUACUUUUAUGCGUGGGCUACGAGAGAGACAUUCGCGGGAGCGCGCAUUCCAUUCAGGCAUCGUCGACUUCGCUCUAUCGCGGUCAUUCUUACCGGAUGCCCUGAUCUCAUGGAUCUUCCAAGCUGUACCUUCGGAGACGCAGGACAGCAUCAGGCAAGCUUAUUGCAGAGCUUUCAAGCAUGCAAAUGCAGAGCGUAUCAAGACCCUCAUAAGGCCGGACGACCUCGAUCGGGUCUUCCAGCAGCUAGGAGCCACUCCAAGCGCAUUGGCAGUUUUCGAGACUAUUUUCCCUGAUGCACACGUUACCACAUAUAAUGUGAAAACUAACUCCCCACGUGAAGGGGCGCUGUUGUCAGUUUUUGACUUACUUUGCGGGGCAGCAGAACUAUUUGCAGACGAUACUCGAGAACGCGCAUUGAAUCUUCUGUUCCGUCUCACUCUCGAUGUAUCCCUGACCAGCAAUUUCCUGAUCUGCUCUGAACUUGAAAGAACCAUAGUCACCAUGCUAGAGAGCGCCCCUGAGGAUACGGCGGACGAUUUGGCACUGCAUGUCAGCACUUCUGCAUUCGACACCAUCAAAGAUGCAACAUUGCAAAGCCGUCUCCUUAGACAUAUACUUCCAACUUCGGACUGGCUCGCAAUGUUACGGUGUCGCCUCGCCGUGUCUUUUUUAACGGGCAGUCCUUUGCCGCUCAGUGAGCCGCCAGAGAAGGUUCUCAACGUAGAGCGAAUAACCAGCAUCCUCAAUCAACGGCGGUUCGAUCUGAAGCGGUAUAAAAGCAAAGGUCAGAACGAUUAUGAUUACGGAGGACUUGGAGCUGUUACCGUUCUCCUCAACAUUGCCAUUGAUGCUGGACGGUGUGAGGCAGGGUUUCCUGACAAAGAGGCCGAGCGAAAAUUCAACGCUGCGGUUGAUGCCCUCGCUGAUCGGCUGAAAUUCAUAUUUACUUCCAUUGAGGAUUCAGGUGCUUCUCACUUGAAACGGACACUGGCGAAGGAAGCUAUAGAAGCUCUUCACUAUCGAGUUAUAUAUUCUGUCCGGUCAAAGCCGCGCCCCAAGAAGUCGAUUUUUGGGGUUCCGGAGCCACGGAGAGAAAAUAAGGAUGUCUUUGCUUCAUUCACGGCUGUGAAGAAGGACGAUGAUGAAUUACCUAUUCGGGCACAUGAGGAUGAGCAUUGA